GUCAUCGAACUGUAGUUUUAUCGCAGUCCCUGCUUUGUUUUAUCGUAUUAUUCCGGAUUAUUACCCGUAAAUCCUAUUUUUUGUAAUUUCUUGCCCAUACUAGACAUCUGAAUUCAUCCACUAAAGGUAAAAUUCCACAGUUUUGCGGACGAUUUCUAUGUAAAUUCGUUGUUAGAACUUUGGCAUCAUUUUUCCUAAAGUGGGUAAUAAUGUCUUGUUUUGAUUUAUUGAAUACAAUGAAGCAAUUUUUGCAGUUGUUUACCUGAUAAUAACGAAAGGAGACGGUCAAAUUACCAGACAAUGGAAGCCCCGUGCUCCCGGUUCACGGCGGCGGAGGGAGGCGCGCGGCUGGCCGCCGCAGCCACUGCUGGCAACACCCUGGCUGUGGAGUACGGCUCCUUCAUAUCCACCAGGAUGAUAUACGAAGACGCCUACAAGAUCCGAGGCUCAUUGUCCGAGGGUCGUCAGCGCUCCGUGUACUGCGCAAGAGCGUCCAGGGUGCCCGUAGUGGCGCAUGAGCUGCAGAUCCUGACCGACUUAGCUGUCACCACAGCGGUGGAGUACGACCCGCACAAGGAUUGGACCGCCGAGCUUGACAGCAAAGAGGUGCUAGUGUGCACAUCAUCAGUGCUGCGGCACAUCCUGGAAGCUGGUCUCCUGGGCAUCUCCAACAUCAAUGUUCUUGUACUGGACAGCUGUCACCAUAUCGCCACGGAUGAGGGGUUGCAGUAUAUCAUGCAACAGUAUAAGGCAUGCGAAGACACCAAAAGACCUAGAAUCCUGGCUUUAACCUACCCACUAUUUUCUUCACCAAAGAAAGAAAACGCCACUAGUGCCAAAACCGAUGAAGAUCAAACGAAAGAAGAAAAGGUCGAUGAAGAACAACACGACGAAGAAACAGAUGGUGAUGAAAAAACGGACGUAAUUGAAAAUGUACCAAAAAUUGUUGAAAUCACCGAUGAUGUAAGUAAGUCUAAAGAUAAUGAUGAAGAAUUGAAAGAAAUAAAUAGAGAAGUAAAAGAAGAUGAGAAGAAGAGACGACAGAAGAAGGAAGAGGUGGAGGCAAUAGGGGUGUAUGAGAAUUUGGAUGACUUUGAUAUGUACGAGAAAUUGGAGUGGAAGAUUGAGCAGUUGGAGAAGGACCUGUGCUGCCAGAUGGAUUUGGCUGAGGACAUCGAUGGUGGAAAGAGGUUAUCAGCAACAAUAACUAAGCCAAAGGAGGUCAUAAUAGAAUACAGUCCUCAAAGGUCGCCUGACGACCAGUUGGCAGAUUACUCCCAACUGGAGUCGUACAUGAGGGAUACCAUCGGCGAUGCUGAGGCGUUCUUGGAUGAACACAGAUACGAUCCAACAGAGAUCUACGGUGAAGAUCUAUAUGAGGAGUUCAAGAACAUUCCAGACCCGACGAUGGAACCUAAAUAUAUAUUUAGACAAUUUGUUUACGUUCUUGAUGAGUUAGGGCCCUACGCAGCCGACAAAGCAGCGUUCUCACUCUUGACCAAACUGGAGAAAUUAAAAAUAAAAGUUCCAUAUGAGAGACAUUUCCUCUUACUCUGCCUUUGUACUUCCGUCUUUGUCAAGAUACGAUGUUACACCGACAUUGUCUUCUCGAAAUACUCCUCGGAUUGGGAGAAAAUCAAGACAUUCUCCACCCCAAAAGUGCUCAGAUUCGCUGAAAUCCUGGAGAAAUUCUCCCCGCCCGAACAGCCAAAAGAAUUCGCCAAAAUACCAGACUUGAACAAAGAUAAUCGGACUUUAGAAUACAGGAUGAAAACAGACGAAAUGAUGCAAACUAUCGAAAAAUGCGAUUUUAUGUCAUUAAGCGACAAAAUACAGGAUAAAGUAAACUCUUUCGAAGCGAAUUUGAAAGAACUCGACGAAUCCAAGUCGAAAUCUGACGAACUCGCUCCAAAAGAACUCGACAGCCCAGUCGAAGUCACGACUCCUCAGAACGAACUCCCGACUCCCGCGAACGAACUCAAUAGUCCUCAGGAUAACAAGGUAUUAGGGUUCUCGAGGAGGUCUGGACACAGGGCGAGAGGUCGUGGAAGAGUCCAAAGGUCAAAUGCUGCCAGGGUCCAACAGAUGCAGCAAAAUCCUGAUGCUCUAUGUGGGAUCGUCUUUAUGAAGGAGGCACUUAUGGCGAAGAUCAUGUUUAUGGUGAUUGUGGACAUGUCCCGUUCGUCUCCGAAGCUGUCGUAUAUCUGCGCGCAGUACUGCGCAGUAGAGAAGCCUGCCGACUCGGGAACCGAGCCGCGAGAGUGCCAGCGACAGGCGAAGAAGCAGGAGGAUGUGCUCAAGAAGUUCCGGAUGCACGAAUGCAACCUUCUGUUGGCGACAUCAGCUCUGGAGGAAGGGAUCGACCUGCCGCGGUGUAACCUUGUCGUCAGAUGGGACAUACCCGCUUCCUACCGCUCGUACGGGCUGUGCCGCAGCCGCGGGCGCGCGCCCCGCGCCGCGUGCGCGCUGCUGGCGCGGGGGCGGAGCGCCCAGGCGCGCGCCGCGCUGCACCACGUGGCCGUCUACAGGGAGCUGGACCAGAUUAUAAGCAGAAAGUGCGGGUGCGGUAUGCAGAACGAGCCCCCACAAUCCGAGGAGGAUCACGCUGACUCCCUCACACACCUCAUCAAACCUUACACUCCCAACGACAACCGACCCAGAAAAGACAGCAACAUCCUAACACAAAAUAACAAACAGAAAAUUCAAGAUAAAACUCAAAGUCCAAAUAAUAUCAAACUUGAAAAUGACGAGGAACAAAAAGUAACAAGCGAAAAUAAUAGUGAAAUUAUUAAUUGUGUCGACAACAGUGACAGUUUAAAACAAGCAAGUGAGAAUAAUAAAAAUGGUGAAAAUCUACUUUGUAAUAAGUGUAAUAUAAAGAGAAAUAGUGUAGAUACAGUGUGUCAGUGCGUUAUUAGUGAGAGAAAUGAAAUUGUUGUUAAUAGUUUUGGCAAUAAUAAGAAAAGUGAUAAGAAGACGGAUGAUGGUAUUGCUAGUGUCGACUUGAGCAAUGCUAUAGCACUUAUUAACCGGUACUGUGGGAAGCUCCCAUCGGACACGUUCACCCGUCUAGCUCCACAGUGGUGGAUGGAGGAAGUCCAGCUUCCAGCCAAGGGUUCAGCUGACCCCAGGAGGGCCUUCAUCUGCACUCUCCGUCUACCCCUGAACUGUCCAGUCAAGUAUAACAUUGUGGGUCACCCCAUGCCUACACAGGUCCUAGCCAGAAGAAUGGUGGCUCUGCAGGCGUGCAGGAUACUUCACAAGAGUGGGGAGCUCGAUAACCAGCUGAUGCCUAUAGGCAAGGAGAACUUCAAAGCAGCAGAACUGGACUCGACAUGCAAUAUGGGAGACAGUGGCGACCCCAGCGACUGUGCAAGGCCGGGAACAACGAAACGCAGGCAAUAUUACUACAAAAGAACUGCGUGGGCGUUCACAGACUGUCAACCAGUGGUGGAUGCAACUGAUGCAGAGAUAGAUCCAUCCAACGUGAAGGAAGCUCCUACGCAAGAUGCUACUGCCGCUGUCAAGAAUACUGGUACAAAGCGUAACAUGCUGUACGCGAUUGUAUCGAAGCUCUGGUGCGCGUUGCCAGAGCGUUACAACACUAGAGGGCGGAGGCUCCACGCGCCCCAGAACGCUAGCCAGGCGCUGGGCAUCCUGAUGGCGAGAGAGGAACCAGACAACCUUCAAAUCCCAGCGUUUCCAGUAUACACGAGGUCAGGAGAAGUCAGGGUAUCCGUGGAGUAUGUACCUGACGCCGAUGUGAGGGUGUCACCCCGUCGAGGGCGGCUGGUCAGGAGAUUCAUGAGGUUUGUCUUCGCCGAGGUUCUGAGGGUCCGUCGUCGAGGAAUGAAGCUCCAGAGUGAGGGGUCAACCCACAACAAUUACUACAUCGUUCCUACUAUCAAAUCGACACGAGAAGACGGCACAUCGAAAAUGGACAUCGACUGGUCAUUCCUAGAGCUAAUAUACCAGCACACAGAAGAAAAGAAGCAUUCGGAAAUAGAAAGACCGAACCUCUGGCAUCACGAUGAAGAAGAAGAAGAAUCCGUGAAGAAAGUUGAGAAGAAGAAUGGGGAAGUGAAGAAAAUGUCUAAUCCUCUGUUGAAGGAGGGCGAGACGUUCGUGUUCGACCCUGAGAAGUAUAGGGAGGCUGUCGUUACUCCGUGGUAUAGGAACCAGGAUCAACCCCAGUUCUUCCUAGUGGCCGAGAUCUGCUGGAACCUGACUCCCGACUCGGAGUUCCCUUCAGCGAGCCACACGACCUUCCGCCAGUAUUACAGCAGCAAGUACGGCGUCACCCUCACCCAGAGCAACCAGCCACUCCUGGACGUCGACCAUACCAGCAACCGGCUCAACUUGCUGACCCCUAGAUACGUAAACCGCAAAGGCGUGGCCCUGCCCGUGUCUUCAGAACGCACCCGCCGAGCCAAGAGGGACCGGUUAGACCAGAAGCAGAUAUUAGUACCAGAGUUAUGCCGAGUGCAUCCCUUCGCAGCCCCGCUGUGGUUCGCCACCGUCGCACUGCCCUGUGUCUUGUAUAGGAUAAACGCGCUGCUCAUAGCGGAUGAGAUCCGUCGCGCAGUGGCCAUAGAGGUGGGUCUUGGUAUACCCAAGAUUGACGAGGAAACCUGUCCCGGGUUCCAAUGGCCGCCCCUGGACUUCGGCUGGAGCCUGGCUGAGGUACUCAACGCGGAUUCGGAGAAAAGCGAAAAAAAGAAGGACGAAGAGGAUACAAAAGAAAAAGCUAUGAAAGAAAUAGAAGACAAAGACUCGAAGAACGACGAAGAAGGGACGACAGAAGAAGGAACGAGAGAGAAGACGAUCAAUGACAUUCUACACGAGAAGGAAGCUGCUGAAAGUGGCUUCGAGAUUGGCACUUGGAGUAACGACAUGGCGUCCUCCAUCCCGAGCAACGAGUACGACGAGUUCAUGGAGCCACUGCCGCCCAACCUCACCUUCGUCACUUCCGCUUCCGGUGGAACUAACUGGUGUGAUCCGGUUGAGAAGCCCAAGUGUCAGUUCCAGCCGUCCAGCAAGUAUUCCAUGGCUGACAGCGACUGCUCUUACAUGUCCAGUGAUUUCGACACUGAUGAUUCGGACCUCAACUCCGAAGUCAGCGAUGAUGACACGGACACCAGCGGGUUUUUCAGCAGUAAGAAUUCUAACGCGGCCAUGGGAGUCCGUAUAGAAUAUAAAACGGCGCACGAGGCGGAGGCGGUGGACGUGGAGCGCAAGAAGAAGGUGAACCCCGCGCCGCUGCCGGACGAGGAGGAUGACGCGCGGGACCGCCGGAGCCACGAGCGCCUGGUCAAGGAGGGAGAGGCUCCCACAGAGUACAUACGAAGGUUUCGAGAUUCGGUGGAACAACAUAAAAAAGAAAUCUUACAAAACGGACAUCUCAUAUACGAAGAUCAACCCUUGCCCGAUAUAUUGCCAGAACCAACCAAAGAAUCUCACGAGAAACUCGCUCGAACAGAACUCGCAAGUCUCAAAAAACUCGAACUCGAUAUUAGAGACAAAUUAAAAAUUGAAGAACUUAGUGCAACAGAUUUAGAUUUAAACACUAGUGAAGAACUUACUACACAGAACGAACUCUUAAAAGCACUCGACAUACAAAACGAACUUGAAACACAAGUUCAUGAAAAUGAUCUCGAACUCAAAACCCUGAAGGAACUCACGAACUCUCACGAAAAGCUCGAAUUAACUUCACACAAAAUUCCUAACGAACUUGACAUUACUAACCAACAAUCUGAAGCGGACCUUAAAAACAGCAACCUAGAAUUAAUCGAGGAAAUAUUCCCUUAUGGCAAUACGGGUUUGAAUCUAAUUGAAAACGGGCAAAUAUCGUUGGAAAACAUUGAGAAAAACAAGCGAAUUUUGCUUGCUGAGCUGAAGAACUCUUUGCCUAAGGACGAUAUUAAAAAGUUGAAUUGUUUUUCGAUGGUGGAUGUUAAUAUUGAUGCUCCUGAUUACGUGAACGAGAAGAUUGUGAACAUAGGGUUUGACAGCAACGAAUAUCUGGCGAAGGUUGAUAAGAAUAGGGACCAGGAGGACUGUAAGCCGUAUUACCUGGACGGCAAGGCUGGAAAGGAGUUCGAUUUUGACUACCAGCCGAACUUGGAAGGACAUCCCGGGCCGAGUCCCAGCGUUAUUUUGCAGGCUUUGACAAUGUCGAACGCGAAUGAUGGUAUAAACUUGGAGCGGCUGGAGACAAUCGGUGACAGCUUCCUCAAGUUUGCUAUAACUGCUUAUUUGUACUGUGCCCAUCCCACUGUGCAUGAAGGCAAGCUUAGUCACAUGAGGAGCAAACAGGUAUCGAAUUUGAACCUGUACCGGCUUGGUCGCAACAAGCGUUUGGGUGCUCGUAUGAUCGCCUCCAAGUUCGAACCCCACGACAACUGGCUACCACCCUGCCAUCGCCCGCCCUCCACGCUGCAUCCACGACUCAAUGAGAGCUACGACCAAGUCACGAACUCCGAAGUGCCAAUGGACAGCAGCGGAUGCUUCAUUCCAUACAACCUUAUAACUCAACAUAGUAUACCUGACAAGUCGAUAGCGGACUGCGUGGAGGCGCUGAUCGGCGCGUACCUGCUGGAGUGCGGGCCGCGGGGCGCGCUGCUGUUCAUGGCGUGGCUGGGGCUGCGGGUGCUGCCGCCGCGCCCGCGCCCGCUGCAGCGCCGCCACGAGGACCCGCCCAGGAGACCUCAACCCCCGCCCUCUACACCGCGCAAGUACGAGCUCACGGACUCGGAGACGGAGUCCUCUGAUGAUGAAGAAGAAAUAUCCCAUGAAGAACAGGAACUACCCCCCGAGGCUGACUGGAGCUGGCCAGGGAGACCCAUAGGGUCUCUGCGACCUCACAGAGACGAGAACGGGGAGUGGGUUCAGACAAUAUUCGGCGAGCUCAAAGCACCGCCUUCCCCUCUGCUCCGGUACAUUGAAGAUCCUGAAGGGGAAUUGGAACAAAUGCUUUCAGGGUACGACGCGUUAGAGAGGACCCUUCAGUACAGGUUCAAGGACAGGUCCCUACUGCUGCAAGCUCUGACGCAUGCGUCGCACCAGCAGAACAGGCUCACUGACUGCUACCAGCGGCUCGAGUUCCUUGGCGACGCCAUACUAGACUACCUGAUCACCCGGCACCUGUACGAAGACCCUCGUCGGCACUCCCCGGGUGCCCUCACCGAUCUGCGCUCCGCCCUGGUCAACAACACCAUCUUCGCUACGCUCGCCGCCAGACACGGCUUCCACAAAUACUUCCGUCACAUGUCCCCGGGACUGAACGAGGUCCUCACGAGAUAUGUCAAGAUACAAGAGGAGAAUGGACACUCCAUCAGCGAAGAGCAUUACUUAAUCCAAGAAGAUGAGAUGGAGCAGGCUGAGGACGUGGAAGUGCCCAAAGCGCUCGGAGAUCUGUUUGAAUCGGUUGCGGGAGCUAUUUUCUUAGAUUCUGGUAUGUCCCUGGGUGCAGUAUGGAAGUCGUACGUGAACCUUAUGGGUGCUGAACUGGAAGCAUUCAGCGCGGCUGCCCCCAAGUCGCCUGUCAGGGAGCUGCUUGAGGCCGAGCCCGAUACUGCUAAGUUUGGGAAACCGGAGCGCUUGGUCGACGGGCGCCGUGUCCGCGUGUGUGUGGAGGUGUUCGGGCGCGGUGCGUUUAAGGGGGUAGGCAGGAACUACCGCAUCGCGAAGGGGACCGCCGCGCGUUGCGCCCUCAGACACCUCAAGAUCCACAGGCAGCGAUGACACAAGGUGCAUCCGGUCUUCUAAUCGUGUGAGGUGGAAUACCAGCCUCAUCAACCCACCAGGGCUACGAUUGAGCCGCCAAAGGCCCCUGACAUGGCUCGUAUGAUUACUCACUUACAUCAGUAAAUAGUAACCGGGACCAACGGUUUAACGUGCACGAGCACGGAUCAUCUUACUUUCUGACAAUCAGGUGAUCAGCCUGUAAUGUCCUAACCAAACUAGGGAUCACAAAGUGAUAUGUCCCCACCGGGAUUCGAACCCGGGGCCUCCGGAUCGUGAGUCCAACGCUCAACCACAGAGGCCGUUAAGGUCGUUUGGCGAUUAGUGCUAAUAUGUGAACCCAAAUAAGUCACGUUGUUCAAAAUUCUUAUCGAUUUCGACAAAAUUGAUUGAAUCGAUAGAUAAUUUUAUCACGUUGCGCAGGUAACAUUACAGCUAACAGCUAGCGUUGAAACAGGUUCUAAAACUGUUAGGCCGGUCACAUACAUUCGGAAUUCCGUUUCGGAAUUUCGAUUCGAAAUAUCGAACGCAUUAAAUCCAUACAACAUCUAUGAAUCAACCACAUACUUACAGUUUUUUUCCGUUCGAAAUUUAAUCUGAUUGGGAAUUCCGUAUGAUGGCCUAUGCAUUCGGAAUUACGGAAAAUCGUCGUCCAUAAUGCCAAAUGUCUGAACUCAAGUUCUAGCGUCGCUCAACUGAGCCUUGUUAUUCCGAACGGAAAUAAACGUAUGUGUGUGAUAUAUUAACGGAAUCCCGAAACAGUAUUUCGAAUCGAAAUUCCGAAACGGAAUUCCGAAUGUAUGUGACCGGCCUUACUGUUAACCUUCAAGCGGGCGCGCGUAACCGAAAAGACGUUUGUGAUGUAUAAAGCACUUAAUUAUUCAAUAAUUAUUUAUUUAUUUGUACUUACAUAUAUUAUCAUUGUCCAUAAAGUAUAAUUUGUCAAAAAAAGUAAUUUAAAUUAUGAAAAAAAAAAAACAAUUAGUAACCUAAUUAAAAUUGGCGUAUGAUGUCUUCAAGGAUCCCGCUAUGUAUAAGGUCGAACGCUAAAAGUUGCGCGGGCGCACGCUCGCGUGUCUGUAAUAAACAAAUAGUAUGAGCAGCGCAGGGGCGUGCGACGGAUUGUCACACGCGCGGCGGGCGGGUUUGUUUCUACAAAUCAGUCGAGCGCCGCUAGAUGCCACGGACGCACGCGUCGGAAGCUAGGUACCUACCAUCAUCAUGAACAUCGAUACAGAGCGGGUAAUAAUUGAGGUGCAAUCUCGGCCUGCAUUAUGGGAUUAUGGGACGUUUUUUUGCCAAAUAAUAAAUUGGCAAAUAAUCCAUGGUAACUCGACACAACUAUACACGCUCGAAGUCAAAAUUAUACUAGCAGCGCUAAAUAAGACGGGCGCCCGCGACGGGUACCCGCUCGCGGAUUCGACGCCCGCGGCGGACUUCCGACGCGUGCACCCGCCUCCGCAUCCGCCCGUGUUUUAGCGUUCGGCCUAAUAAUCCGAAAAGUGCUUAGAUUUCCACCGCAUCUGUCUGCACCGGGACUAAAACAAUUGCGAUCUGUGGAGUGGUGGGAGCGCCCCGAGCCACGGUCCAUUCAUUGUUUUACUCUCAAUGACAUAGCGACAGGCUACUAAAAGUGACAAAUAAAUUUAAUAGGUAAUAAAAAUAAUAUGAAGGAAAAUGUACUAAACGCGGUCGAUUCGACUACGCGCGCCCGCUUGAAGGUUAAUAAACUACUUAAUUGCAUUAGAAAAUUAAUGGCCCUGAUUCCUGUAGACACCUAAUUUUAUUUUAAGUCACACCCGUCAUUUUCUUAUCCGCCGAAAAUGACAGAUGAUUGACAGCUGUCAAUUAUAAAAUGAACCGAGUGAAUGAGUGGAUAACCCGGGCGAAUCCAAUAGGCAUCUGUUUGAACUGGCAACUUAAAUUCUGUCGGGUUAUUGGCCAAUGUAAAGUAUUGAGAGGGAUGUUAAAGUUUUGCCUAAAAUUGACGUGUGUUUUAUGCCUGUCGAUUAACCGUUCCUUUCGUUUUCGGCGGAUAAGAAAAUGAUAGAUGUAACUUAAAAAUGAGAUGGUGUCUACAUUAAUUAGCAGUGUCUUAGUAUAAGUGUGAUAAAUUAUAAUUCUUAUUAUUAUCCUAUCUUCUAUCGUGUGGGUUGUGUGGUGGAUUACCAACCCCAUCGACCCUGGUGUCAGGGUUAUUAUUGAGCCGCCAUAGGCCCCUGACAUGACUCAUGUAACGACUACGUACUUACAUCAGUAAGUGCCUUCUGAAGCACGGAUCAUCUUACUUUCGGACAAUUAGGUGAUCAGCCUGUAAUUUCCUAACCAAACUAGGGAUCACAAAAAGAUUUUUGUGAUAUGUCCCCACCGGGAUUCGAACCCGGGGCCUCCGGAUCGUGAGCCCAACUCUCAACCACUGAACCACGAAGGCGGUUAUAUUAUCCUAUAUAAACGUGCUUACUUUUGUACCUCUAAUGUGUAUUUUAUUAGUAUUUUGUAUAAGAAGUGAUAUGUGUUAUGUAAUUUGAAUAAAUGGUGUAACAGUAUGAGAA